CAAGUAUAUAACGCAUAGACAUUUUAUCUUUCGAAUGAAGUGUUUAUCAUACCAUUUCGUUCAGUUGUUUAGGAGCUAUUAACGCUCAAAAUCUCGGUCUCCGGCGUAACGCUUUUGUUUUCGAAACUUUGAUUUUACACCCCGGUAUAGAAAUGAAAGACGUAGUCCUACGUCAAAAAUUCGAUUCCGGUCGCGCACUCCAAACGAAAAACAAACACAUUUUUGAACAUUUAUUUGGUGGAAAAUUUGUUCGGUAAGUUUAUUUUCAUUAGUAUUUUACGUUCGAUAUCAAAUUUUGUUAUUAUGGUAACAAAAAAUUACAGUUUUUCGGUGAAAACCAUAACCCGCCUUGAGGUGGUGUUGGGCAGUUGAACGAAAAAAAAUCAGACACCUGCUGAAGUGUAAUCUACUGAAAAUUAACAUCGGAUACAGCUGUUCUGCAGAAAUUGGGUCUAUUUUCGUGGUUGUUAUUAGUUUGUUUUCUAGCACGGUAUGGGGACAUGACGAAGUAGAUCCUGAAGACGUCUUCGGGAGCGAUGGUGAAUACUACUGUUGACGGUACCGUCGAGCUGGCCACCCUGCCUCAACCGGUUCUACCGUUCCGAUGAUAAGCUGUCAGCAGCGAUGAUGUGACGUAUAGAAGCUGUAGGAAAAAUGAACAUAACAAACCAAAACAACAGGAGAACUAACGUGUAGUGAAAUAGUCAGAAAAAUAAAGUAUAGUAGCAUUCAGGUGAAAUUUGAUAAAAACUUAUAAUCUAGUUCUAAACCUACUUACGAACUGGAUAAGGUAAAAUUACUUAUAUUAAUAUAUUACGCUAGAGCCUAAUUAUACUAUUAAACCUACGAAUUACUUAGGAUCUAGAUUUAACCUAAAAUUCGACGGUGAAUUGAAAGGCCCUAUUGAACCUAUUGAACGGGCCACUGAAAUUUUGAAGCAGUUGAAUAAAACUCGCUACAGGAAUCAGUGCGUUGCCUUUCUUUGCUGUCGUAACAAACUUCAAAAUUUCAUGAUGAGCAACCCAUCAAAUUCCGGACCAAAGGUUGGAUGUGCUGGAUGCACCAUACCAGAAGAUGCGGAAAAUAUGGUCCAAUGUGACGCAUGCGAUACUUGGUGGCACUUCAGCUGUGCUGGAGUCGCCGAUUCGAUCGCCGAUCGUGCAUGGAUAUGCAUUCGAUGUAAACCUCACUCCCGUGCAUCGUCGAGAGCCAGUGUCGCUAGUCGGUCAUCAUCGCACUUAACGGAUAGCAUGGCCAGAUUGCGGGAACGCCAGGAGUUGGAGAAACAACGAGCGGAGAUUGGACUGGAAAAGAAGUUCUUGAAGGAGCAAAAGGAACUACUGGAAGUUUCGAUUGCCGCUGAGGAAGAGAGAAGGAGCCGAGUGAGUCGAGUGAGUCGAGCGGACAGCAUCGGAAGAGUGAACGAUUGGAUUGAAAAUAGCGCGAAUCCACAAUCUAGCGCGGCAGGCGGAAAUCAAAUGCCAGCAGCUUCGGAGAUCCAGCAGCAUAAUCUUCAAUCCACUGAUUUGAAUUCCGAUGCGACAGUAGGAGGUAUUGUCGAGGAAUUUCCCUUAGCUGCGCCGUCCGACGUUAACAUCCCUCACCAUAGUUCCCCUCUUCGAGAUCGAACCAUCCCAACAUUCGACACUACCGAAGAUCUAAGCCACCUACUAGUACCUACGAUAGAAGAUAACGUGGAUCGGCGAGAGACUAUGAAUCUGGUCCGUGACUUGCGAGCCAGAUUGGAGCAGUGUUUAGCGCAGUCGGAACCAACCGUCCCUCACAUGACUCACUUACAGCGACAAUUGGAAUUGUGCCGGAUGGCAAUGGAAGCGAUGCAUUCAACCGUACAUCGUUUGUCAAUAAUGCCUCCAACAGGAGGACUGACUACCGAAGGUACAACUGGCGAAGACGGACUGCCGCGACAGAGCGCAAAAUCACUUGGUGUGCCGUCUCCUAGCGUAUUACCUUCUAACCCUAAUCCUAACGUAUCACCUGGUAAGUGUCAUGCCUCUGAAAAUCAAACCGAUCAAGCGAAAGAAAGCAAUAUCUCUCAAUCAAUACUAUGUCCAACUAUGCAAACUCCCCGAAACGAGCAGCAGCGUUUAGCCCACGCGCACUCAAAUAUAAUAAAGAAUCAUACUAUCUUGCAAAAACAGACUAGUCAAUGUACACCUUCCUCCUUCGUAUCAACUCAAUUGCCCCCCAUACCAGAGUCGUCAGAAAAACAGCUUGCAAUGCAGCAGCCUACGAUGCCAUCAAUGACUCCGCCUUCGGUUCAGUCUUCAGUGAUGCAGCCAUCAGUGCAGCAACCUACGCUGCCAUCGUUAGCGCAGCAAUCUUCCACUCAGUCGUUAGUACCUCCACUUCAGCAAAUUUCUCUGCAGAAUCCUCAAAUGCAGUGUCUCCGGGUGCAAUUUCCGCCGAUGCCGCAGAAUUCAACGCAACAUCAGUCGUCUCAGCAUCUACCGGUAAUGCAGGUUCCAAGGCAGCCUGCUUCGGUGCAGAAGAUUCCAGCGCAGCAGCUUCCGGUACAGUCCACUCCGUGGCAACCUUAUCAGGUACAACGAUCUCCAGUGCAGUAUCCACAUGUGCAGCAACCACCAGCGCAGUAUCCACAGGUGCAGUGUCAUCCGAUGAUGCAGUAUUCAGUUCAGGAUUUACCUAUGCGACAAUCCCAUAUACAGCAACCUCCGAUGCAGCAGCAUCCACUGUACUCUCUCCCUAUACAGCAGCCCCCAGCGCAGUACCCGCAAACGCAGCAGUCGACGAUCCAGCCUGAAGCACAAUUUGCACCGAUGCAGCAGUCAACGUAUCAGUCUCCUUUACAGCCGCUUCAAGCGCAAACUCCACCGACGCAGCAGUUUCUGAUGCAGCAGCCUUCGACUAAUAAUCCUCCGAGCUCUUGGGAAGAACCACCACCAGAUUGGAACCAGGACGAGGGAGAGUCGAUACCUACUCCACGACAACUUACAUCACGUCAAUCUUUGGCGCGCGAUCUUCCGACGUUCUCAGGCGAUCCAGCCGAAUGGCCGAUAUUUAUCUCCAAUUUUGAGUAUACGACGACGACAUGCGGUUACACUCACGGGGAGAACAUGGUUCGGCUCCAAAGAUGCCUGAGAGGCCGUGCACUGGAGAGCGUUCGAAGUCGUCUUGUAUUUCCGGCAGCAGUACCGCAGGUGAUAGAGACUCUACGCAUGAGAUAUGGGCGACCAGAGUUGCUUAUCAACGCUUUGCUGCAGAAAGUUAGAGCUAUGCCCGCCCCUCGAGGAGAUAAGCUGGAGGCUCUUAUCGAAUACGGGAUGGUCGUUCAAGAGCUGUGCGAUCAUAUUGAAGCAGCUAACGAGAGAGCGCAUUUGACGAAUCCUACCCUACUACAGGAACUCGUCGGAAAGUUGCCUGCGGAUCAGAAAUUGAUGUGGGCCGGCUACAAGCGAGGAUGUGAUGUAGUUGAUUUGAAAACCUUCAGUGACUAUAUGACUGGGGUGAUGCAAGACGCUUCAAGCGUAGUGCUGUAUGAAUCGGACCCACAAAAGAACACCGCAAGAGAGAAAUCGAAAGUGUACGUCAAUUCACAUAAGGCCGACGAGACAGCCACUACAACGACAACCCAGCUUAAGACCAGUAGGUGUUUACAUUGCGAGAAAGAAGGUCACAAGAUUCGCGAGUGCCAAGCGUUUAGAGCGCUCUCAAUCGAUGAUCGAUGGCGACGGGUUAGGGCACUAACCUUGUGUCAAAUUUGUCUGUAUGGACACGGCAGAAGAGCAUGCCGUAUUAGCAGCAAGUGCAACGUAAACGGUUGUCAGUUCAAACACCAUCCAUUGCUGCACGGGAAAGCAACGACACCAGUAACGCAAUUAGCGAAUAUCAAUACCCAUCGGCCCCAGGAUUCCGGUGUUUUGUUCCGGAUCUUACCCGUGACGUUGUACGGGUACGGCUUUGCUUUUUUGGACGAGGGGUCAUCAUUAACCCUGGUCGAGGACGGUCUGGUAGCGCAGCUUGGCAUAGCAGGAGACUCGCAACCACUUUGUCUGAGGUGGACCGGAAAUACGUCAAGAGUAGAGAAGAAUUCAAAGACGGUGACGAUUACUGUUUCGGGAUUGGACCACAGCGUCGUUACCAAUUAGUGAAUGCCCGCACGGUACAGAAUUUGGACUUACCGAUGCAAUCCUUCGAUGUAGAGAGGGCAACAAAGAGGUUUGCUCACCUGAGGCAGUUGCCGAUUCAAAGCUACCAUAACGCUAGACCAGCAAUUCUGAUCGGGUUAGA